ACAUCCCUAGCGCUUUAUACUGGUUGCUUUUUUGUUGGUUGUUGUUGUUGUUAGUUGGAAAAUACAAUUAAAAAUUGAUUUCAAUACUUAAAUAUUCAACGUACUAAGAACAACAACGCGGCGGGGGGCGGCGGCAACAAUACCGAAGAAACAGCAUAAGAAAAUAAAAAUUUGCAAGGUGUUUGUGAGUGUGUGUGAGUGUAAGUGUGUCUGUGUGUUGUGUGUGUGUGACAACGACUGCUGCUGCUUGUGGUGCGUGCGCGCUUGUCGCAGCAAGGAAGCAAAACCAACACACGCACAUCGAGAAUUGCAUUGGUAUUGGUAUUAGUGUAUCCUUUGGCAUUUCUGCGAGCUUGGUGGAUUGAACGUGAAGCGAGACAAAAAGCAGCUUUUACCAAAUAACAAAAACAAGUGCAUCUAAGAGUCGAUUUUUUUUUUAAGAAAAAAGGCAAAGCACACUAAACAAACAUGGAAAAGAGAAUAGAAUUGGAAAGACGCGCACGCAAAGUGAACCAGAUCACAGAACUGAAUCUGGACAAUUGCCGGAGUACAAGCAUCGUUGGCCUUACAGAUGAAUAUACCGCCUUGGAAUCAUUAAGUUUGAUCAAUGUGGGACUCACCACACUCAAAGGUUUCCCCAAGUUGCCCAAUUUGAAGAAAUUGGAAUUAUCCGAUAAUAGAAUUUCGAGUGGACUCAACUAUCUGACGACCAGUCCAAAAUUACAAUAUCUUAAUUUGUCUGGCAAUAAAAUCAAAGAUUUGGAAACGUUGAAACCGUUGGAGGAAUUUAAAAGUUUGGCUGUUUUGGAUUUAUUUAAUAAUGAUGCGACUCAAGUGGAAAACUAUCGUGAGAAAAUCUUCAAGAUGCUGCCAUCCUUGAACUUUUUAGAUGGUUUCGAUUGUAAUGAUGAAGAAGUGCAGUCGGAUGGCGAUGACGAUGAGGAGGUCAAUGGCAAUGACUCCGAGGAUGAAGUCGAUGACGAUGACGAUGAUGGCGACAGCGAUGAGAGCGACGAAGAGGACAACGGCGAUGUUUCACUCUCGGAGGUCUAUAAUGAUGACUUAGAGGAGGACAAUUCCGAUUGGGAGGAGGGCGAAGGCGCUGGCGACGACGAUGAGGAUGAGGAUUCCGAUAUUGAUGAGGCCGAUGGAGAGGCAAAUGAAUCGGGCGCAUCGGUCAAUGCCAAGGAUAAGGAUGCUGAUAAGCCAGAAGAGUCGCAAGCCAGGGGCAAGAAGAGAAAGCAUGAUGGUUAAAAAGAGCAUGAUCUGCAACUGUAUCGUCUUUGUACGUUAUAAAUUUAAUUAUACACCUACACCCACACACACACACCUAUAUACACCCACACAUACUACACACAACAAAAUACAGCAACAAGAACACACAUCAUAUUUUGAUAAACAAAAAACAAAAUGAAAAUAAGAAGGACCCCAUUAGAAAAAGAAAAGAAAAACAACAACAUUUGUUUCGUUACAUUUUAAGCUAAAUAUUCUAAACUCAACCCAAAACAAAAAAAAACAAAAACAACAACAAAAAAACAAGAAAUAAAACCCGACAAAAACAAAAAUGUAAUAAUCAAAAGGAGUAUAAAAAAAAUGAUGAUAUGUUGUAAGUGAAUACUAAAAAAAAACACAAAAACAAAAAACAACCCACAACAAUAAUAUAAACAUUACACACAAACAAACAAACAAACAAAAAACUAUAGCAAACCGAACCCAAAAUGUGUCAGUUCUCCAAAACUACCAGCAACAUUGAAGAAAAUAUGAGCUAAAAAUUAUAGUUGCGAUUAAUUCCACUUCCUGAACACAUUGUAAAAUUGCUUAGCAUUAAGUUAAAAGUUUGUCAAUAUAUGAUUACUAAAUGUAAAAUUAAAAACAAAUGUAAGCCACAUAUUUUGAACAUUUUGAAACACAAGAAAAAAGAAAGAGAAAAAUAAUAACUAAAUUUGCUUGCAUUAUUUGGUUUUAUUUUUUGAUUCCUUCUCUUUUUAAUUAGUUGCUGCUAAUCCGGUUUCGUGUUACAAACAACAACAAAUUCUACAAGAUAAUUACUGCUAAGAAGAAUUUUUAACUAACUCUUAAGUCAUUCCUUUUUGAAUAGACACACACACAAACACACACAUGAAUAAGUUAAGAGCAAUUAUUUACAUUUAUGAUUCAUUGUUACCCAUACUCUUUAUACACACACACAAGAAUACACUAAAAAUUGAUGAAAAUUGUUUAAACCUUAACAUACUUUUAAGUAAGUAAACUAAAUUAGCAUACUACAGAUUGUUUUCAAUUCUUCAAAUGCAGUAGAACCAUGUUUUUUUUUUUGAUUAUAGCAAGUAAAUGUAAUACAACAUUUUAGGCAAGGACUUUUGUUCAUUCAUUCAUAAAACACAACUAUGCAAUAUGUUUGUUCAGAAACAGGCAAAUUGUAUAAACACCGAAAGCGAAACCGAAAUACAUAAAAUUAAAUAAUUUUAA